AUGACUGCAGUACAAACCGAGUUGGACCAGGUGCCUCAACACUCCUACGAUCAAGGCAGCAUCAUCGAAUUCAAUAACACUAUUUCGUUCGAAGCACGAAUUCGAGAAGUUGGAGCACAUUUGAAACAUACGAUGCUCACAGGCGCGCCUCAUCUCAUUCGCGAGAGGAUCAUCCACAAAGUGCCGUACACGGAUUGCAUGGUGGGAAGCGAGAUGGUGGACUGGUUGCUGGACUUGUCCGUUUCAACUGGAGCGCAUUCGCCCGCCCUUUCGAGGUUUCAGGCACUUUUGGCACUUUUAUUCAGCGCCGAUGCUAUAGCCAGUCAUAUCUAUCCUCCUACAUAG